GUUUUGGAAAUUGGGUCAUCUUUAAACGAAACAAAAAGAAAACCCCAGAAUCCGGAUAUGAUUCUGAGUGUUUCUGUUUCUUGAAACAGUUCUAAAUUCUGAAGAAGAAAAAGAUGUAACUUUUGACAGUUCAAGGAGAUGGGGUGUUUUGCUCUGUUUUUCUGUUUGCUUGAAAAAAUGAAAGGGAAGGGGGGAAAAGGGGGAGUUUGAGGUGGCAAAAUCAGAGUCGUUAGACGAAGCUCCUAGAUAAUCUAUCGAGGGAAUAUAGUAAAGUUUGCUAUGAAAUGGAAAAAAAUGUAUAAACAGAUAGAUAAACAGAGAAACAGAGAGAGGCAGGCACGAAAAGAAGGGAAGAGAAAUGAAGGCUUGGUCAACGGAACAAAUUAAAAAUAAUAAUAAUAAGAAGAAGAUGAAAGCGCGUCCGUUUACGACGGAAAUGGAGACCCUCUAAACCACUCAUCUUCGAUUUCCACUCUCUCUCUGUCUCUGUGCCGCCGAAAUGACAGUUUGAAACGGAUAGUGUUUAACCACGCCCACAUCUAAACGAAAAAAAAAAAUAAUAUUCCUUUCUUAAUUAUAUAUAAUUAUUCACUAAUUUUGAUGAUUUUUUUUUUUUUUUUUACGAAAAAAAUCCCAUCCCGGCUUGGUGCAAAGGGAUUGGAGGAGAGAGAGAAAGGUGGAAGAGAAAGGGAAAACAAGAAGCUGGUAAGGAGAGAGAAAAUUAGAGAGAGAGAAAAACAGAGAGACGGAGACAGAGGCAGAGACCUGGUUGAGACCCAGAAGAUGGUCGAAGAGAAAGUGCUCUGAGAUCAUCCUGAAGGGGCAGUAAUAGAAAAGAAAAUUAAAAUUUAAACUUUCUUUCUUCUUAAUCUUUUAUCCCAUUUUUCUUUUUCUUUGCUGCCUUUCGUCUCAACAUUCAUUCUUUUUUUUUUUCUGUAGCUAAUCGACCUAUCCCCCGACGUUUCUUCUUCCUUACAAAGAUUCUUACCACAUUUUCUUUGUGGGGUUCUCUAAUUUUACAUUUUGACAAUCCUAGUUAUAUUUUUUACAUCUCUAUCAACAUCCCAAACGGAGAUUCUUCUGCGCUUUUUCCUUCCCAUUUUCACGGGAUUCUGUGGAUUUAGCCUUGUUGAGCUGGGUAAUGAGCUUCUUGCCGGAAAAGGGUUUGUGAAACCGAUUUGAGAAUCAUGAGGGACCCUUAUACGGUUGCUGGUCGCGGCAGCCCCUGUGAAUUCAAAUGAAAUUGUAACAUAGGUUUUUUCUUAGUUUAGCCCAAUUCCAUACCAAGUUUUUUCUAUCGAUAUUCGUCUCCGGUUUCGAGUGUUUUCGUCGGGGUAGUUUGCAUAGAAAAACCUGGCGAUUUUGUGUAGUCUAUUGCAUAGCUCUGCGGCUAUUAACCUCUGCUGCAUUGUGAUUACCAAGACAUGGGGGAUGGAUGGAUCCCACAAGCAUUUCGGUUCUCAACUUUCUUAGCUUUGAUUGUUGUUUCCGGUAUUGAAGUUUGUUUCUCACUUAAUGAUGAAGGAUUGGCGCUGUUGGCAUUUCGAGCUCAAGUAACUUCUGAUCCUCAUGCUGCUUUAGAUGAUUGGAAUCCAAAUGAGAAUGAUCCCUGCAGAUGGUCUGGUGUUCAUUGCAUUGGUGGUGAAGUGCACAAGCUGGAUCUGAGUGGCCUUAUGUUAAAAGGAACUUUGGCACCAGAACUUGGGAGACUUAAUCAUUUACAAUCGCUUAUUCUCUAUAAGAAUUGUUUCUUUGGCACCAUUCCUCGGGAAAUAGAAGGAUUAAUACAGUUGGAGGUGUUGGAUUUGAGGGAAAAUAACUUAAGUGGAACAAUUCCUGCAGAAAUAAGCAGGAUUACCAGUCUAAAAUACUUGUUGCUUUGUGACAAUGAAUUUGAGGGCAGUGUCCCAUCAGAGCUUCAGAAUCUCAGCGCUCUCUAUGAAUUACAAUUUGAUGAUGACCUUGUAUUUCUAUGGGAUGCUGAAGUUGGCAGUGUAUAUAGAAACGUUGGGCACUGCAUCUGGCAGAGAAAUCCCAUUUAUAUGAAAAGUUCAGAUACAUCUGCAAGUGAAGAUAAAGCAUUUGUGCGAUACCUCAGCACCUUGCCAAAUCUGCUGCUCAAGCAUGGGAAGGACUCUCAGCCUGACCAUAAGGAAAGUGAUGAUAAUCUACCUAGUUCUGUUCUAGAAGAAGUGGACGAAAGUGUACAGAAUCUUGUCAAUACUCAUCGGCGUAAGCUUCUCGAGGAAUCAAGCAACCUCGCAGCUGCACCUGUUAGCAGUUCAUUGCCUUCUUCAGAUUCAAUCUAUGUCGUUACAAGUUCCAGAAGUAGUGGGACUUUCCCAGCUGUUCCAAAUAAACAUAAACGAGUAACUCCGCCUGCACCACUCCCUCUUUCCCAUCCCCAACAAGAGAAUACUUCAUCCAACUCCUCAGAUACACUGCCAGCUCAUCAACAUCAAGCUGACCAUUCAUCUGGAAAUUUCUGGAAGUAUGUCAUCAUAAUUGGAGGUGUAUCUUUAUCACUUAUUUUGGCUACAAUAAUCUUCUGCAUGUGCCGAAGCCGUGGAGUGACAACCAUUGGUCCUUGGAAGACUGGAUUGAGCGGGCAGUUGCAAAAAGCAUUCAUAACAGGGGCACCCAAAUUAAAUCGGCCAGAAUUGGAAGUAGCCUGUGAGGAUUUCAGCAAUAUCAUUGACACUUUUGAUUGUAGCACUAUCUACAAAGGAACACUAUCAAGUGGAGUAGAAAUUGCUGUUGCCUCAGUCUCAGUUACUUCCUCUAAAGAUUGGUCAAAGAGUUCAGAGCAAACAUAUAGGAAAAAGAUCGAUACGUUAUCGCGGAUCAACCACAAGAAUUUUGUUAAUCUUCUUGGCUAUUGUGAGGAAGAAGAACCCUUUACUAGGAUGAUGGUGUUCGAGUAUGCACCAAAUGGAACUCUUUUUGAGCACUUACACGUUAAAGAAGUCGAACAUCUUGACUGGGGUGCAAGGAUGCGGAUAAUUAUGGGAACGGCAUAUUGCCUUCAGUAUAUGCAUCAUGAUCUAAAUCCCCCGGUGGCACAUACUAAUCUCACAUCAUCAUCUAUUUAUCUAACUGAUGAUUAUGCUGCCAAGAUUGCAGAGAUCAUUUUCUUAUCAAAUGGGGUAUCCAAAUAUAAGAACGCCGGUGACCAUGAUAAUAGCGAGCACUCUGAGUUGCCACCCCUUGCGGAUCCAGAAUCAAAUGUGUACAGUUUUGGAGUAUUGUUGCUUGAAAUCAUCUCAGGAAAGCUCCCAUACUCAGAAGAACAAGGGCCUCUUGUGAACUGGGCUGCAGAGUUUCUAAAUGACAAGAGGAGUAUCAGCUACAUGAUUGAUCAGAGUCUGAAAUCAUUCAAAAACAACGAGCUGGAUGUGAUCUGUGAAGUGAUCCAAGAUUGCAUCAAAUCAGAUCCAAGAAUGAGACCAACCAUGAAAGACAUCACUGCAAAAUUAAGGGAAGUGAUCGGUUUGUCGCCGGACCAAUCGGUCCCAAGAUUGUCUCCCCUUUGGUGGGCUGAACUGGAGAUCUUAUCUGUGGAGGCUACUUGA